CCUGCCUCUCCAAAGCCUCAAGGUUGCUGAGAAAGUUUUUUCUCCCACUUUGUGCCUGCCUAGCUGUCAGACAGAGCAGCUACCCUCAGCUUCAGCCCUUGAAGAGAUUCUCCAAACAGAUUGAGAAGUAUGGCAGUGGCAACUCGUUUGACAUGGAGGCAAGAGAAAAAGCUGCAAAAUUACUUUGGAGAAAAGCAGUUUAGUCUUCUCUAUAAGGCCAGUGUCCAUGGAUUCUCUACUAAUAGUUUGCUUAAGAUAUGCUCUGAACAAGGACCCACUCUAACAGUGGUUUACAGUGAAGAUCAGAUUGUUGGGGCAUAUAUGCAAAAGAACUAUGGGGAAGGAAACUAUCUAAUCACUGUUUUUGUCUUUCAAGAGAUUACAAUUACAGAAUGCAAAGUAGGACCAUUUAAACUACGUAUGUUGUUUGAUGAAGACUAUUAUGGAAAUUGUGAAGUCAGUAUACAUCUAAACAAAAAAACGAUGCAUUUUAGUAUAAAUACAGUGAAAAAACUUGGACUAUCUCAACGUUAUAUUUCCUUCCAGGAUUGUGAAGUUUUUCGAUGUGAAGAUUUAUUGGACAAAAGGAGGAUGAAUGGGAUUACUGAGCUCAAGGAGAGCUUAUUGUGUGCUAUAAGAAAUUACGUACCAUAUGGAGGCCUGGUUAACAAAAUUCGGAUUCUGCUUCUGGGUCCAGUUGGAGCUGGGAAGUCUAGCUUUGUCAACUCAGUGAAGUCUAUUUUCCGAGGCCAUGUAACGAACCAGGCUUUGGUGGGUUCUAAUCCAACUGGGACAUCUGAAAAGAACAGAACAUAUUUCAUUAAGGAUGCGAAGGAUAACAACACUCUGCCAUUUAUUCUGUGUGACUCAAUGGGGCUGAGUGAGAAAGAAGGCCUGGACAUGGAUGACAUACCCUAUAUUUUAGAAGGCCAUUUUCCUGACAGAUACCAGUGUAAUUCCUUGAAACUAAUGCCAAAAGGUAUUGGUAACCAUACAGGCUGCCCAUUGCUAGAGGACAGAGUCCAUUGCGUGGCAUUUGUGUUCAAUGCCAACUCUGUUGAACAGCUCUCCAAUCAGAUGGUGAAAAGGAUCAAAAGAAUUCGAAGGGAGUUGAUUAAGUCUGAUGUGGUCCAUGUGGUGUUGCUCACUCAUGUAGAUACCUUGGAUCUGAUUACAAAAGCUGACCUCAUAGACAUAUACAAAUGUGUGCCUGUGAAACUUAAGCUAGAGGCAGUUCACAGAAAACUUGGAUUCGCUCUUUCUGACAUCUUUGUGGUUAGUAAUUACACCUCAGAGUGGGAACUGGAGCCUGUCAUAGACGUCCUGAUCCUCUCUGCAUUGAAAGAGAUGCUGUGGGCUGCAGAUGACUUCUUAGAGAAUUUGCCUCUUGAGAACACAGAGAUCAGAAGAAAGAAAUGAUCAAGUGUGAAUAAAGAAAAUAAGCGAGCAUGUUGCAUAUUAAAGCUUUUAAUCUCAUCAUAGAAGAGUGAAAAGUGUGAAAUGAGAAAAUACGGGGAAAAGGGAAGCAGCUGAACCUGAGGGGGAUAUUUUAUUUAAGUCUAGAAUGAAAUUACACAUACAAAAUCAUAAUACCUAUAAAGAGGAACAGCACAAUUUAAGUCACUAAUCAUACAAAAGACUAAUAAUUUCUUUAAAAAUUAUGUUCUGUAUCUGUGAAAAAUUAAAGUUUCUUCUUGUAAAA